GUUGUUGGAGUGGGCAGACUGGUUGAAUUUGCGGAAAUGCCCUCAAACGACAGCCGAAAUGCAGUCGGGUCAAAUGAUUGUGAUAAUGCUGCUUCGAGCAACUCACAAGAAGCUUAUGGCAAAUGUCGAGAUUGCGGGAAGCAGCUGCAGCUGGGCGAAAUCGCAGUGAUGACAGACCAUGGAUCGCAGGAUGAUAUAUGGCACGUCAAUUGUUUCAAAUGUUACACGUGCAAUCAGAGGCUCGUAGAUCUUCUGUAUUUUUAUAAAGACGGUGUUUAUUAUUGUGGCCGUCAUUUUGGUGAUUCCGUUUAUCCGAGAUGUUCGGGAUGCGACGAGCUUAUUUUCUCCAAAGAGUACACAUUCGCUGAAGACAAAAGCUGGCACUUGGACCAUUUUUGUUGCUUUGGCUGCGAUAUGCAAUUGGGCGGCCAUCGUUACAUGAUGAAAAUUGAGCAGCCUUUUUGUUUUAAUUGCUAUCUAAAUCGAUAUGCCAAGGUGCAGGAAUUGCGGCAAAGUGUUACUGAAUCAAAGGUUCGUCGUUAAAA